CAGUUCCCGCAGUUGCCUUCGGUCUCGGCUGUUCUCUCCCUCUAUUUUCGGCCCAUAAAAAUCGAUUGAAACAAAUUUACAAGCACCAAAAUUCACCGAAUAAAAUUAAUCACGUUUGAUCGAUAAUCGCAGUGAGCAGUGAAUAUCAAAUUAAAAAAAAAUAACAUCAGGCGCAAUUAUUUGCGAGUGUUCGAUUGUAAAUAAUCGAGUGCUAGGACUCACUCCUUUGGAAUUCCACUCAUUUCCUCCCCUUCCUUACUGGAAAUACUCAAUAAAUGCAAUGAAUUAAUGAUCGGACAUCGGAUAAUGAGGAUAAAUCUCGGUGAUGUGUGACUAUUAGAGAUUAAAUUAUUCAAUUUUUCUAGCAUUUUUUUCAAUACAUAACGCACUACACACGCGCAUUGUUUCGUUAUUGCCUUCGAUCCCCCCAUGAAUCCUCUGUGAACCCCUCGAUGAUCACGAUAAAUCCCUAAUUUUAACCUCAACAAUGCUGAGGAGUUUGUUCGGAUUAUUCGAGAGAGAUUGAAAAACAAUAAUCGACAGAACAGGAUGUACGCUCUUCCAAUUCGUUCGGCAUGCCCAGGAGAGGACAGUCAAGACGAGCAGGAAACUCGUCGUCGUCAGGAGCCAGUACGACCGACUCAGGACUGCAGUGGAUUUGACAUUGUUAGGGCAACUCAAUAUGGAGCCUUAGAGCGAGUGACCGAGCUGGUAGAAGCUGGUGCUGAUGUAAAUCAGCCAGAUGCCGAGACAGUGACGUUGCUCCACUGGGCAGCCAUCAACAACAGAAAAGAAAUAGUCAAAUAUUUGAUAGCCAAAGGGGCUAAUGUAGAUGCUGUGGGUGGAGAAUUGGCAUCAACACCACUGCACUGGGCCACGAGGCAGGGACACCUCGAGACAUUUGCUAUUCUCAUGAGGGCUGGGGCGGAUCCAACGCUCAGGGAUUGCGAGGGCUUUGCCUGCAUCCAUCUGGCAGCCCAAUUUGGACACACUGGAAUUGUUGCUUAUUUAGUUGCCAAAGGAGUCAAUCCCAAUACUCCUGAUCGCAGUGCCAUGACACCACUCAUGUGGAGUGCUUACAAAGUCAACAGCCAAUACACUCCCUUUUUCAGUCUGGACCCAACGAGACUUCUCCUCAUGCUUGGCGCCAGUCACUCCUUGACUGACAACCUUCAUGGAAAUACAGCACUACAUUGGGCAAUUAUUGCUAAGAAUAAUACCGCCAUUUCCACCCUCGUUCGUCAGGGGGCUGCACUCGAUGUACCUAAUUUUCAGAAUGAAACAGCGAUGACACUGUUGGGGCCGCAUAUCGGAGCUGCUUGGCUUGGCCCAGGGAUUAGCAUGGAAAUUGUAGAGAAACAGGGGAGAACCAGAGCCUGGUGUCGAGACAAGAGAUUACGAUGGUACUGCAUGGUCAGUGCCCCAUUCAUAGUGUUUUAUCUAAUCGGAAUGAUAUUUCAAUUAAACGUGGAUUAUCUCGUUAAACUCGGUGCCUUUAUGUUACUCUACAUCGGUGCUUACACUGCUAAAACAUUUUUGUUCGACGAGAGACUCUACAAUGUUUUACCAAUGGCAACUUAUCUAGCAACGAAGAUGUGGAUUUAUGUGACUUGGAUAUUCUGGCUGGGCGUUCAUGCUUCUUGGUACCUGUGGCUGCUGUUAGUUGGUGGUUCAGUUCCACUGUGGAUAUGUUUUCUUCGGUCCUGGAGGGGAGACCCUGGGGUUAUUGCUGCUACUCAUGAGGACAAAUUGAGUACUAUCGUAGAAUUAGCAGAAACAGGCGGCUUCGAGCCUCAGUGGUUUUGCACCACUUGUCUAGUCAGAAGGCCACUUAGGUCAAAACACUGUUCCGCUUGUGAUCGUUGUGUUGCUAGAUUCGAUCAUCACUGUCCUUGGAUUAGCAACUGCAUUGGGGCACAUAAUCACAAAUACUUUCUUGGCUUCCUUAUAUCACUACUUGGUCUCUGCAUCGUAAUAUUAUCUGCGAGCGUUCAAUAUUGGCAGUUCGAGUGCUGGUCGAACUUGACAAACGGCCAUCGGGUAGAUAAUUAUUUUAUAGCCGCUGCAACGUGCGACGCAUGGGUCAUGUGGAUUGCAGCGAAUACUGGACUUCAUGCACUCUGGGUUUCUGUAUUACUCAGUUGCCAGCUGUAUCAGAUUAUGGUGUUGGGAAUGACAACAAACGAGAGAAUGAACGCUGGUCGUUACGAGCACUUUAAACAAGGAAAUCCAUUCCAUCGCGGGGCUCUACAAAAUAUCGCAGACUUUUGUAAUUUUAGUUUCUGCGGUAUAAAAGCUAAACCAAGCUCUGACUGGCUUCACAGUUUUGAUACUAAACAUUGCGUGGAAAAAUUACCACUGCUUACAGGCAAGGACAACUAUCAGUACGUUUAAUUACCUUUUAAUAUUACUAAUAAGUUGUUGAAAUAUCGUAUGUACCUAAACAUUUGACAACACAGCGAAUCAGGAUACAUUGUUGCACACUGAGAGCCAUAUCACUUUGACACAACCUCGUAUUAUUUUGUAUUAUUAAAAUCUGUCGUCUUUUUUGUUUCAUUUACCAAAGAAUUUUGGAAAAGUUGAAUUGAUCAUUUUGGUGUCGAUUUGUCAUUUGUGAAUAAACAUAUUUUUUAAGAAAACGAUAAAACCGAUAAAACCUUGAGGAUCAAAGAAAAAAUAUUUCUGAGAUUGAAAUUAUUAAUUUUUUCAAUAAACAAAACGUUACGCUUUGUUAACGAUCGUUCAUGAUCUCCUUUAGUAUCGCGUAGAGACGGGAAUAAUCCUGGCAAUAUUCUAAAAUAAAAUAGAGAAAGCUCUCCAUUUUUUUUCGCAGUGCAAAAUUUUCAGUGAUAGAAAAACUACGUGUAAAUAGUUUGUAUCGUUUGAUGUCGAAAAAAUACUCGAUGAAUUUAAUGCAUUGCUUUUCCAGGGAUUUAUCUUGUGAUUAAUUAUUUUUCCGAUUAUUGUCUAAUUUUUUUUCUACGUAUGAUUUUUUUAUGUACAAAUGCAUUACGCGACAUUCCAGAGUUGUUUAUAGGUUCUGGAUUUUAGAUAAAAAUAUUUGAGAUCACUAUUGCCUGGGUAUUUUGGUUUUCAUGAGUACAAGUACAUUCAAAACAUUACCUAUCCUUCGAGAGGAUAAAUUUUAUACGCUGCGAAAUCGAUACACAAUAUGGCUGAGAACAUAAUGAAGUAUAAAAUCGCUGAUUUAAUUGCCUGAGCGUGAUAAAUAUUUAUUAAUUGUUAUGCACCAUUCGAUAGGCGCUCGCAAUCUGAAUAUUCACAAACACUGAGAACCAGACAAAUACAUCGCAUUGAACUACUGAUAAUAAAUCUUUAGUGUCAACAUAAUCAAAUGGGUAUGAUAAAGCAUGGAACGAUUUUCGACGAGAAGACAGAUUUUUUUUUUCACUCUCUAGUCUUAACUUUAAAGCGUAACUAAUAAUUCCGUGUAUUACUUAUUGAUAUCGGAGGUCGAACUGAGGAGGCGGGUCAGUGUCUAGAUUAUUUAGACGCAUUUUCAUUCAGUUUUAAUUAUUUUGUAAGAGGGUGUGGAGUUUAUUUCACAGUAUAAAAUUUAUCUACAAUAUAGAAAUAUUCAUAUGCCUUCAGUUGAUUCUUUUUACAUCUUAGAGAAUUUUCGAGAAUGAAUAUACUUUUCCAAUAGAAUUAGUAAGUCAUUCAUUCAUAGUUAGGUAAUGGGCAGGUGAAGGGUGAUAAAUGGGUUUAGUUGUUGGGUAAGUUUUUGAGCAAUAUCUUUAAAUUUAAGAGAGAUUGUGAAAUUUUUGGCGAUACCUCUGGUAGAGGGGAAUUAGAAUUACGAAAAAAAAUCGUUCCGAGAAUUUCGCAAUUUAUCGUUGAUUUGGAUCCACUCUCGAACUUUCGUCCGGGAAAUAGAACAAUUUCUCACCCUUCAGCUAUUCGUCAAUGAAUUCAAAUUCACAUCCUCAUAGACUUCUAAAUACUAAGAACUGUGAUUUUUACAAAUCGUCAGAUCUACGUCUGUCUGUCUCGUGAAGUAAAAAGUGAAAAUUCAAACAAAACACAUGUCAAUAUUUUUUUCUCUUCAAACUAUCAAUGUAUUUUAGUGGCUAAAGAAAUUGUAAACAGAUUGUAUAAAUUCAAGAUAAUGAUGAAUAAUUGAUCUCUACCGAAGGGCAAGAAUAAAAAAAUUGCAAAUUGGUCAUCA